UCGCGUGACGGAGCGGCAGGUAUUUCCGGCUCCGGUAUCAUGGCAGACUCCAGCCCGGAGUCCGGCACGAAGAGGCCGCAGUUCGGGAGCCGGUUGCUGAGCGAUCCGGCGCGGGUCUUCCACCACAAUGCCUGGGACAAUGUGGAGUGGUCGGCAGAGCAGGCCGCGGCGGCGCAGAGGAAAGUCCAGGAGAACAGCACCCAGCGGGUUUGCCCGGAGAAGCAAGUUGAUUAUGAGACUAAUGCCCACAAAUAUUGGAAUGACUUCUACAAAAUCCAUGAAAAUGGAUUUUUCAAGGACAGGCAUUGGCUUUUCACUGAAUUCCCAGAGCUGGCACCUAUUCAGAACCAAAAUCACUUGAUGGAUUUGCUCUCAGAGAAUAAGAGGAGCGAAGUGCCUGAAUGUGGGAGCAAUGCGGAUGGACCUGGUUUAAUAACAGAAGAACAGCACAAGUGCUCUUCAAACAGCCUUAGGCAUAAAACACAGACUCUUCCUGUGGAAGAGAAGGUAACUCAGAAACUCAGUCACUUGGAAAUCUCUGCUGAUGAGUUUCCUGGAUCCUCAGCCACCUACCGAAUACUCGAGGUUGGUUGUGGUGUGGGAAACACAGUCUUUCCAAUUUUACAAACCAACAAUGACCCAAGACUCUUUGUUUACUGUUGUGAUUUUUCUUCCACAGCUAUACAACUGGUCAAGACAAAUUCAGCAUAUGAUGCAGCAAGGUGUUUUGCCUUUGUUCAUGAUUUGUGUGAUGAAGAUCAGAGUUACCCGAUUCCCAGGGAUAGUCUUGAUAUUAUCAUCCUCAUAUUUGUUCUUUCAGCGAUUGUUCCAGACAAGAUGCAGAAGGCUAUCACUAGGCUGAGCCGGCUUUUGAAGCCUGGAGGGAUGAUGCUUCUGCGAGACUAUGGCCGCCAUGACAUGGCUCAACUUCGGUUUAAAAAAGGUCAGUGUCUAUCUGAAAAUUUCUAUGUGAGAGGUGAUGGCACCAGAGUUUACUUCUUCACACAAGAUGAACUGGACACACUUUUCACGACUGCUGGACUGGAAAAGGUUCAGAACCUGGUGGAUCGCCGAUUGCAAGUGAACCGAGGGAAACAGCUGACAAUGUACCGAGUUUGGAUUCAGUGCAAAUAUCGCAAACCUCUUCUGGCCAACACUGGCUCCUGACGGGAUGGGGGCUCCUUGGCUUUUUAACAGAAUAUUCACAACUGGUGUCUUGUUGAUGUUGGACAGUGCAAGGAAUCAAACAAACUUGAGCCUUCGACCUAGGAAAUAGUUACUUUUAUCAAGAUUCAAACAAUCACGCUUUCUAUUUGUGAAGCCCUUUAAUGUAUACUUUCCUCCAGCUUGUUUUUACUUUGAGAUCUCAAAAAAUCUUUCUUGCCAUUUUAUAGUAUCUUAAUAACCGAAGUAUUCAUGGAAAUUGGGAAUUUUAAAGGCAUCAAGAAAUUAUUUCCAUAUGCAAGUAUCAUGUAUGAUAAAGUACCAUUUGACUGUAUGUUUCAUUAAGUUAUUUGAAAUGCAAAUACCUGGUCCCAAGGUGUUUUAAGCACUUUUCCCUUCUCUAAGUAACCUGUGUCCAAAAAUUAAAAGGAUCUUCAUUUUUAGCAAAAUUGCGUUAUUUUUUAUUGUGUCCUUAAAUGUUUGACACAAAAGGAAUUGAGAGAACUUUUAGCCACUUCACUUCUGAAUGUGAUUGUCAUCAGUGUUACCUUUUUUUAUGUUCUGCUUAUUUUCAGUUAUUAUUUUUACAUGUUUUUCUCUUGUGGUCUAUAAGUUAUAUGAUGUUAUAUUUUUUUAAAAUAUGUUUUUAUUGAUUUCAAAGAGAGGGAGGGAGAGGGAGGGAGAGAGAUAGAAAUAUCAAUGAUGAGAGAGAAUCAUCAGCUGCUUCCUGCAUGCUUCCUACUGUGAAUUGAGCCCACAACCUGGGCAUGUGACCCCACCAGGAGUCGAACCGUGAUCUCCUGGUUCAUAGGUUGAUGCUCAACCACUAAGCAACACCAGGUUGCAAUACCAAUACCUUUGGUAUUCCUUUUUUUUUUUUUCUUUUAUCCUCACCCUAGGAUAUUUUUCCAUUAAUAUUUAGAGAGAGUGGAAGGAAGGGAGGGAGGGUGAGGCACACACACAUGGAUUGGUUGCCUCCUGAAUGCAUCCUGGAUCAAACCUGCAACCCAGAUAAAGUGCCCAAACCCGCAACCCCUCUGUGCUCCAGCCAACACUCUAACCACUGAGAACACUGGCCAGGGCAUUAUAUAUUCUUAAUUUUACCAAAUAAAAAAUGUCAAUUCCUCAUUCCUACA